GUAUGAAGUAAAUCCGGAAUUCUGGAAUCAUUCCUUUGUCUUUCAGGAGUUUUUCUUUUGUAAAAAGCAGAUUCCUCCUAAUUCAUCAGCUAACCUGAAUCUCUUUAGGAAGUCCCAUGAUGCAGGAAUUAUCUAAGUGCUGAGUAAUAUCUCUACACACUGCAAGUCAUUAUAAACUUCAGAACUGAUAGCAAAAGUCAGAACAACUCUAAGGGUAUUCACCGUACCAGAUCCCUAAAGCAGAUACAGGUGCUGAGUAAUAUCUCUACACACUGCAAGUCAUUAUAAACUUCAGAACUGAUAGCAAAAGUCAGAACAACUCUAAGGGUAUUCACCGUACCAGAUCCCUAAAGCAGAUACAGGUGCUGAGUAAUAUCUCUACACACUGCAAGUCAUUAUAAACUUCAGAACUGAUAGCAAAAGUCAGAACAAGUCUAAGGGUAUUCACCGUACCAGAUCCCUAAAGCAGAUACAGAUUUGUGCAAGAUGAGUGUGGACGCGAAGCGUAUUCUUAUUUCAUUCCUGGAGUAUCACAAAUGCCAAAAUAAAGAGUAUGUGGAUGUUCUGGACACCCUGAAGCAGGACACCCUGAUGCAGACGGUGCAACUACGCACCUUGGAAACUGACGGGCACCUGGAGACAGAUGGCAACAUUCCUAUUAAAACACAGGUCGAUGGUGGUACUGAUGAUUCAGAGGAUGAUGUGUACCGUGCGAUAGGUGCUCAGCUGGCCAGGAUGGGGGAUGAAAUGGACAGCCACAUAAGUCAAGAAGUGGUGAACAGGCUGGUUACUGAGCUCCUCAAUAAUUCUCUAACUGAAGAGAAUUUCUCAAACGAGGUACAGAAAGUGUUAGGGACCAUGGUGAACAACCUUCCUCCUGGGCUUGAGCAGGAAAGUGCAGCUGUGGUUAUUGCCAUGACACUGACCAGAAAAGUGGCCUCUAAUGCACCGGUUUUAUUGGAACAGUUCUUUGUGACUACAACCAAUUUCCUCCAGAGAAAUUAUUCACGCUGCUUGAAUCGCUUGAUGCGUCAGAGUUGAAUAUGCUGCCACAAAGUCGGCCUUUUGAAUCAUUGUUAUCCUCAUAUGUGAACAGACUAUUUUUGAUGAACAACAAAAGGAGAACCCAUGUGAACGUUGCUAUGCAGUUUAUCUCUAGCACAUUAUAUAUUUGUUCAGUAAAGAUUUUUGCACUAAAGUUAUUGAUCUGUGUGCUCGGACCAAAUCAUUGAGCUCAUUCUCCUGCUGUCAGACUGUAUGGAUUGGAAACAGCUAAACUGUUUGGCUAAUUUUCUUUAUGAAGAAUGUUCUUCCCACAUACAGGGACUGGCAAUCCAUUUUGUAAGAACAAUUUUAUUGUUGUUGUUUAAAUUGUUUUAAUGUAACCAUUGCACUACCAAGUGGACGAGCAAUACAUUUAUACACUUAUUUUGUGAAAAUAGAUAAAGUUUCAGAAAUGUGUAGGCUGAUGGUUUUCUUAAUUCGGUAACUGCAAUUAAACAAUGACCUUGUUGUAAA